AGGAUCUCUAGUGGCACAGCUAGCACUGCGAUGCAGUGCCUUAGACCACUGCGCCACUCUGGAGGCCGCACUAAUAUAUAUUUAAAUAUGUCAUUCUUGUUUGCCUUCAAUCUACUUUUCCCUUCCAUUAAGGUUAUUUUGAAGAGCACCACCCUGACAGUCACCAAUGGCAGUCGCAGUGCCUAAACUCUCCAGCGGUGCUGUUGUCAAAAUCCGCUACAACAGCAUAGAUGUGGGCACCACUCGAUGGAAGGAGGGGACUUUUGAGGUUCUUGAGAAGGAUAACAAAGUCAACCUGUGCCUGAAGUUCUGUGCUGGUGGUGCAGCCAAAAGUUUCCAGGUAUUGUAUGAUAGUGUUUUCCCCAUACUCGCUCAUUUCACAUAACAAAAUGGCAUGCUUACAUUGGACUUGAAUAGCUGAGAAAUCGUGUGUGUUAAGGCACUCUGAAGGUAUAUUUUAAUUAUGUUACUAUGCUUUCAGCUCAACCAUAAUGUGAAUAAUGUCGUGAUGCAGCCCAUACACACUAUGAGACGAAUUGUGGUGACUCUGAAGGAUGACAGCAUAGUCACCCUUGAGAGAGUUCCCCCUGUUUUGGCUGAGAAAAUGAAAGAUUACCUUGAGAAGCUGAAGCAUGGAAAAUCAACCGGUAACAAUCUAUUGGAAAUUGUAGAUCAUUUUGUAGUUUCUUUUAAGCUGUUUCUUAAAGUUGCAGCAUGGAACUGGUUCGUCUGCUGGAAAGUAAGUGUUGUUUUCUUGUAGUUCUAAAGACCUCCCAGGGAAGUGCCAGCUUUGGUGUGCUCGGGAAUCGAUCCGUAAAGAACGAGACUAGUCAGCCUGGAGAACGACAAGUAAAUAAUUGCAUUUAGAAUACACCUGUCAUUUAAAACCACACUGGUUGUUGUACCUCUGACAAGCUCAUCUGCUUAAACUCUGCCUCUGUAUCAGACAACACCCAGACGACCCAGUGUGGACAACAGGGAGGAGACGACCACCCGCAAGCCCCUGGGUAGCCCCAGUAGAGGGACCUCCACACCUGCCCGCAGUGGACUGUCUGAGAACAGGUAGGCAAUCCCUCCCCUUCAGGCACACUGCCCCCCCCCCCCACCACCCAGGUAGAUAAACCACCACACUCUGGCUGCGUCCUGAUUCUCCACCCUUCUCCUGAAGUGUACACUCACAUUCUCCCCCCUCACAGAUUUACAAGGGAGGGACUGGUGGUGUAAUGAGUAAUUAGAGCAGUAAAAAUAAACGUUGUCAUACCCGUGGUAUACGGUCUGAUAUACCACAGCUGUAAGCCAAUCAGCAUUCAGGGUUCGAACCACCCAGUUUAUAAUAUAAAAUAUAUACAGUGAGGACGAGAAGUAUUUGGACAGCGACAGCUUUUUUGUUGUUUCGGUUCUGUAUUCCAGCACUUUGGAUUUGAAAUGAUACAAUGACUAUGAGGUUAAAGUGCAGACUGUCAGCUUUAAUUUGGGGGUAUUUUCAUCCAUAUCGGGUGAGCCGUUUAGAAUUUACAGCACUUUUUGUACAUAAUACUCUACAAACAUGUUGGAUGCAUUUACAGUUUGUUUUGGUUGUUUAUGAUUUAUUUUGUGCCCAAUAGAAAUGUGGGUAGAGUUGAACUGACUGCAUAAAUAAUAAACAGAGUAGCAGCAGCGUAAAAGAGGGGCUUGGGGUGGGGUGGCAAUGCAAAUAGUCUGGGUAGCCAUGAUUUAGCUGUUCAGGAGUGUUAUGGCUUGGGGGUAGACGCCGUUAAGAAACCUUUUGGACCUAGACUUGGUGCUCCGGUACCCCUGAUGAAAAUACCCUGAAAUUAAAGCUGACUAUCUGCACUUUAACCUCAUAGUCAUUGUAUCAUUUCAAAUCCAAAGUGCUGGCGUACAGAGCUAAAACAACCCAAAAAAAGGUCACUGUCCAAAUACUUUUGGACCUCACUGCAUUUCAUUUAGCAGACGCUUUUAUCCAAAGCGACUUAGUCAUGCGUGCAUACAUUUUACAUAUGGGUGGCCCCAGCGGGAAUCGACCCCACAACCCUUGGCGUUGUAAGUGCAAUGCUCUACGGACUGAGUCACACAGGACCACUUUCCAACUCUCCUCCCCUCUCACUAGCCUUUCCCCUGAGAUAACUUUUCUUCGUUUGAUAGUGGCUUUAGUCUUUUUGCAUUUAUUGGUCUCAUAACCACUCUUAAUGCUGUGUUUGCCCCCUCAGGAAUGAGAAGAGGAAGAGACUCCACAUCUCUGACAGCGACCUGACUGAGGACUACCCCAAGGAGAAUGACUCAUCCAGGUAUGUCAAAGGCAAUAUGUUACUCUACCAAGCAAAGUUUUGGGUUGAUUUCACAUCCCUUCAUGUCAAUUUAGGAAUUGAAAUGCAAUCCUAUGAUAAUGUCAUAUCCAUAGUCCACUGAUCGGUAUUGACAAGGAAUGCACCAAACACUGCUACCAUUACUGGGAUAUGAACACUAUUAUACCAUGGGAAAUAAAUGAGGGACAAUUGUAGUGAAACAGUUGUGCUUCACUUAAUUUAAACUGUUUCUUUAAUCUUACUUUAUCUCAGCAACAACAAGGCCACGUCGGACCCCUCCAGGAAGUUUCUGCUGAGCUGCAAAGACAAGCUGAAACAGGCGGAGGAGAACCGUAGCUCAGGUAAGACCCUCAGUCAGUCUUGUACACAUACAAAGUGAGAUGUCCUUCUCCAGACUAGAACAGUGCCGUCUCCAGAUGCCCGGUCUGAUAACUGUCUGCGUUUCCCACCAGUUUCACUGGUCCCGGCACCACUUCAGCCCACGUCAUUCUAUGGCAGCCGAUCGGUGACCAAAGACUACUCCACGAGUCACUCCUUUCUAGACAGGUAAGUUGUUUUUUUUUUUAACCUUUAUUUAACCAGGUUGUCUUAUUGGUGUUAAGAAUACAUUCUUAUGUAUCAUUAAGAUGCUGCCACACCUUCAGUUCGUCAACAUUUGUUGUCCCCCCCCACAGGCCAUCCAGUACAUCCCAGACCCCCUCGGCUAAGAGAAGUCUCAUGUUACCCAAUCACUCAACCCCCUUCAAGAAAGUGCGCCCCACGCUGGACUACGGUGGAUGGAACAAGCCGAGACCGUCCACUCUGGCCCAGCCCCAGCCUCCACUGCAAGGGUAAGGAGACAUCCCAGGGUUAUAUUGGUGAUUCUGAAGUUAACCUCCAUAGUCAAUGAGGGGCUUUUCUUGUGCUGCCUACCUAUCAGAAAUUAGCGAUUUACUAUAACCGUUCAUGCUUGUUAUGAAUAUGCCACUUUCAUUUCACAACAUUUAUCCUUACCACCAGUGGUUGUAUUGGUGGUACAGAGAUGGAGUAUAACUCAAAUGUCCUCUAACAUCUUUGCUGCAGAUUCUCCAACCUGGGCAACACGUGUUACAUGAACGCCAUCCUCCAGUCUCUCUUCAGCCUGCCGUCGUUCUCCAAUGAUCUGCUGAAGCAGGGAAUCCCAUGGAAAAAGGUCCCCGCCAACGCCCUGCUCAGGUAGCCUGCUGUUAGUGCUUCAGCAGUCACCCUCUUCAGCUAACCCCAUAACUGAAUAUAGGAAACUGUCAUUAGUUUGAUCAAUUCAACUGUCAUCAUCUUGUUUCUCUUUCUCUUGAACACUGAAAAUAUUUCUACUUUUCCAAGGGAUGCACCUUUUUAAAAAUCUGUUUUGGUGGCUUAGUGAUGUCAUAGCUAUGACUCCACAUUUACCAAAUUAACUGCUUAGCUGACUUGUGUAACUGCCCUUCGCACUUACGGACCCCCUCCCUCCUGUGCAUGCAGGCGCUUUGCCCACUUGCUGGCUAAGAAGGACAUCUCGUGCCCCGAGGUGAAGAAAGACCUGCUGAGGAGAGUGAAGAGUGCCAUCUCCUCCACGGCCGAGCGCUUCUCUGGAUACAUGCAGAACGUAAGACCUCCAAUAUUAACACAACGACCACCGUUUAGGCUCUUAAGCGGUCUACUCGCUCACGUGGUGGCUUCCUCAUCCUCUCUCCCUCUCUCUCCAGGAUGCCCAUGAGUUUUUGAGCCAGUGCUUGGACCAGCUGAAGGAGGACGUGGAGAAAGUGAACAAGAGCUGGAAGAGCGAGUCACCAGCGGCCGCGUGGGACGAGCCUCCCCAGCAGGCGGCCGCAGCCCGGCCCGGGGAGGAAGCGGACACCUCGCGCAUCUACACCUGCCCUGUGGUGGUAAACAUGGAGUUUGAGGUGCAGCACACCAUCACCUGCAAAGGGUGAGUGAGUUGUCCCCUUUUCAGACUGUGGAUUCCUGGGUGGUACGUCUCUUCCCUGAUGGUAAAUAAAAUAAUGGAUCUCCAUUACACACUGUGUAUUAGACAUAAAAAAAAUACGUCAAAAGAUUUUCUCAUAAGAGUCCAUUCCUUUAGUUUUUGUGAUAUUACCUUUCCUAAGCAUAUAAAGUUGUCAUAAAGACUGACUGGUUGUCAUGUUAUAACAAAGGUUGUGCUGUUAUGUGUGGUUUCAGCUGUGGCGAGGUGGUGACCAAGCGGGAGCAGUUCAACGACCUGUCCAUCGACCUGCCUCGCAGGAAGAAGACCAUCCCUCUCCGGUCCAUCCAGGACUCUCUGGACCUCUUCUUCAGGGUGCGUGCCCACUGUCCCCACAAACCACCAGGCUAGCUCCUGUCCCCACAAACCACCAGGCUAGCUCCUGUCCCCACAAACCACCAGGCUAGCUCCUGUCCCCACAAACCACCAGGCUAGCUCCUGUCCCCACAAACCACCAGGCUAGCUCCUGUCCAAAUAUAUAUACACUAAAGGCAAUGAAACAGUCCACCUAGUAUUCUAAUGUUAAUAUGAAGUAGAUGAGUUGAAUCUGUCUGUGUAUUCCAGAUCGAGGAAAUCGAGUAUUCGUGUGAGAAGUGCAGCGGGAAAGCGGCGACAGUGACUCAUAAAUUCAGCCGACUCCCCAGGUAUGCCCAUUUGUCUACAACCGUGAUCUUUAGCCCUGGUGUUAACAAUACCAACUUUAUACUAAGCUGAUCAUUCACCUGGGUUGUCUUAAUUGAAAUUGCACCCUAUUCCCUAUAUAGUGCAUGGGAAUAGGGUGCCAUUUGGGACAUUGCCGUGGCUAAAGUGAAUGAGAAAGCGGUAUUGGGUUCUACAGAAAAACCCUAAAUCCAUUAUUUUCCUUUCUAUCUUUUCCCUCAUGCAGAGUUCUGAUCCUGCACCUGAAGCGCUACAGCUUCAACGCCCAGCUGUCACUGAACAGUAAGCUAGGCCAGCAGGUGAUGAUCCCUCGCUACCUCACGCUGCUUUCCCACUGCACGGACGCCACCCGCCCCCCACUCAGUCUCGGCUGGAGCGCACACGCCGCCAUGUAAGAAACACCCCCACCAGCAGAUUUAGAGACGGUGAACAUUGUCCCAAUGUUUGCGGCAUAAUAUACUAUUAGAAAUUUUCUUUGGAAGUCACCACACACGGGUCUUCAACAACAUUAUUUGGACAUUUAGCAUACAGUGAGGGAAAAAAGUAUUUGAUCCCCUGCUGAUUUUGUACAUUUGCCCACUGACAAAGACAUGAUCAGUCUAUCAUUUUAAUGGUAGGUUUAUUUGAACAGAAUAACAACAAAAACCAGAAAAACGCAUGUCAAAAAUGUUAUAAAUUGAUUAGCAUUUUAAUUAGGGAAAUAAGUAUUUGACCCCUCUGCAAAACAUGACUUAGUACUUGGUGGCAAAACCCUUGUUGGCAAUCACAGUUGGCCACCAGGUUUGCACACAUCUCAGGAGGGAUUUUGUCCCACUCCUCUUUGCAGAUCUUCUCCAAGUCAUUAAGGUUUCGAGGCUGACAUUUGGCAACUCGAACCUUCAGCUCCCUCCACAGAUUUUCUAUGGGAUUAAGGUCUGGAGACUGGCUAGGCCACUCCAGGACCUUAAUGUGCUUCUUCUUGAGCCACUCCUUUGUUGCCUUGGCUGUGUGUUUUGGGUCAUUGUCAUGCUGGAAUACCCAUCCACGACCCAUUUUCAAUGCCCUGGCUGAGGGAAGGAGGUUCUCACCCAAGAUUUGAUGGUACAUGGCCCCGUCCAUCGUCCCUUUGAUGCAGUGAAGUUGUCCUGUCCCCAUAGCAGAAAAACACCCCCAAAGCAUAAUGUUUCCACCUCCAUGUUUGACGGUGGGGAUGAUGUUCUUGGGGUCAUAGGCAGCAUUCCUCCUCCUCCAAACACGGCGAGUUGAGUUGAUGCCAAAGAGCUCGAUUUUGGUCUCAUCUGUCCACAACACUUUCACCCAGUUCUCCCCUGAAUCAUUCAUAUGUUCAUUGGCAAACUUCAGAUGGGCCUGUAUAUGUGCUUUCUUGAGCAGGGGGACCUUGCGGGCGCUGCAGGAUUUCAGUCCUUCACCUUCACGGCGUAGUGUGUUACCAAUUGUUUUCUUGGUGACUACUGUUGUCACCUUCUCACCAAGCUGCUUGGCGAUGGUCUUGUAGCCCAUUCCAGCCUUGUGUAAGUCUACAAUCUUGUCCCUGACAUCCUUGGAGAGCUCUUUGGUCUUGGCCAUGGUGGAGAGUUUGGAAUCUGAUUGAUUGAUUGCUUCUGUGGACAGGUGUCUUUUAUACAGGUAACAAGCUGAGAUUAGGAGCACUCCCUUUAAGAGUGUGCUCCUAAUCUCAGCUCGUUACCUGUAUAAAAGACACCUGGGAGCCAGAAAUCUUUCUGAUUGAGAGGGGGUCAAAUACUUAUUUCCCUCAUUAAAAUGCAAAUCAAUUUAUAACAUUUUUGACAUGUGUUUUUCUGGAUUUUUUUGUUGUUAUUCUGUCACACUGUUCAAAUAAACCUACCAUUAAAAUUAUAGACUGAUAAUUUCUUUGUCAGUGGGCAAACGUACAAAAUCAACAGGGGAUCAAAUACUUUUUUCCCUCACUGUAGCACUGUUUUCUAACCUACCACGCUCUGUUUUUUUGUACAGGUCACGAACACUGAAGGCCUCCCAGUCGGUGAACUCCUCCUCACUACUUCGGUAAGCCAUUCAUUCAACCUCUCUCUAACAACAUGGAAUCACUAACACACCCUUUUACCUCCAACCCAGGAAGGCAGAUGUUUUCGUGAUUGGGCGCAAAGUGUAGAUGUUUGGUUUCUUCUAACUACUGUUUUUAUUUCCUUCCUCCAGGAAAGUGUCUCUGAAGGCGGGGGGCAGCUCCAGCACUAUCCUGGUGGACUCUGACAGCGAGGAGGAGCUGAGCCGGAAGGCGGUGAGCCGCAAGCGCCGCCUCAGCGAAUGUCUGCCCGAUGAAGACAGAGCAGACGAGGUGGGGGCACCAGAGGGACCAGGGGGGAAAAGAUACAUUACUACACCCUAACCGCUGACAUGGCCAGGUUGAAAGGCCAGGUGUUUAGUGUGUGACAUGGUGGGCUCUGGUUGUGUGUUUAGGUCCAGCGAGGCUUGCACCACACAGACGCGUCAGACUUCAACAGCAUCAACGAUGAGGAAAUGCUGGCGGCGGUGCUGGAAAUGAGUCGCCAGGACGCUGGGCUCUCCUGCCCCGCCCCUGAGGACGAGCCAACCAGCAGCCCUGAUACGGGCUUCGGAGAUGCCGACCCCGAAGCCCAGGAGAGGAACUACCACGCAGACCUGCUGGAGACGGACACUAAGCCGUCUGCAGGUAACCACCCAUCUCAGAAACACACACUCACCAGCCAGGAGGGACAGGGAGGUGUCAGCUGAAACAGAUAGUUCACAAAAAUAUUUUUUUGAGACUACACACCAAAACAGCUCUCUGUAGUUACUUACUAGAUGCCCAUUCAUUUCAUUGAACUAUGCUAUACUAAGUCAUGAAGACUAUAGACUUGAAUUAGGCAAAACGCAUGCAGAAGCCUCUGUUUUUAAAUGUGUGUUUCACCAACCAAUGCUCAAUGGAGUGUGUAUCUGUGUGUGUAGAUGUGCUGGACUCCCUGGACCUGACCAUGGACGAGAACAAGGAGAACCAGACCCCCGAGGGGGUGCAGGGGGAUCUGGACUGGGUGCAGCAGUAUAGCCUGGAGCAGGAGAGGGAGGAGCAGGAGCUGCAGCAAGCCCUGGCCCAGAGCCUGCAGGAGCACGUAAGACUCAACACACACACUAGGACAUUACAGAGAGAGACCCCCUAUACAGCUCUACCCUUGGACAUUUUACUGUAGGGGAAACCUGAUGUUGGUGGUUCACCGAUGUUUUUGUAAUGUAGGCUAAUCCUCCUUCUGUAAUGUUUUGGUGAUCCACAAGAAAAACAAAAAUCUGUGUCUUGAGCUCGGACCCACCAUCACUAUAUAGGGCCAAUGCCACCUAUGUGAACUUUUGAGAGAGAGAGCCGGACAGGACAGCUGGUUAUUGCAUCACCAUGACGCAAACCUGACAUUUGCGAUGUGUGGUUUCUCCUACAGGAAGCCCAAGAGAUGAGGGAGGAUGACGACCUGAAGAGAGCCACAGAGCUCAGCCUGCAAGGUACAGCAUAGACACUGCUACCCCUUUUUAAGCCAAUACGCAGCUUCACUAAAGUAAAGUAGUGUGUGUCUGUGUUUGCACAUUUUGACAUGUCUUGAUUCUCCCUCGUUGUUCUCCGCCCUCCCAGAGUUCAACAAUUCGUUGCCGGAGCUGCUGUGUUCAGACGAGGACUCUGGGAACGAGGAGGUGCUGGACAUGGAGUACAGCGAAGCAGAGACCGAGGAUCUGAAGAGAAAUGCUGAGGUACGGAGUCACCCUCCUACUUUUCUCUCCCACACUAACCUUCACCAGAGGCCUCAUUUAUCAACUGCAUACAUUUCACUAAAUUCAGAUUUACGUGAAGAUUCUAGGACUUGCGUGGCAACAAAUUAUUGGGAUUUCGCAAACUGUCGUAUGCAACAUACAGUUGGAAGUCGGCGGUUUACAUACACCUUAGCCAAAUACAUUUAAACUCAGUUUUUCACCAUUUCUGACAUUUAAUCCUAGUAGAAAUUCCCUGUCUUAGGUCAGUUAGGAUCACCACUUUAUUUUAAGAAUGUGAAAUGUCAGAAUAAUAGUAGAGAGAAUGAUUUAUUUCAGCUUUUAUUUAUUUCAUCACAUUCCCAGUGGGUCAGAAGUUUACAUACACUCAUUUAGUAUUUGGUUGCGUUGCCUUUAAAUUGUUUAACUUCGGUCAAACGUUUCGGGUAGCCUUCCACAAACUUCCCACAAUAAGUUGCAUUUUGGCCCAUUCCUCCUGACAGAGCUGGUGUAACUGAGUCAGGUUUGUAGGCCUCCUUGCUCGCACACGCUUUUUCAGUUCUGCCCACAUAUGUUCAAUAGGAUUGAGGUCAGGGCUUUGUGAUGGCCACUCCCAAUACCUUGACUUUGUUGUCCUUAAGCCAUUUUGCCACAACUUUGGAAGUAUGCUUGGGGUCAUUGUCCAUUUGGAAGACCCAUUUGCGACCAAGCUUUAACUUCCUGACUGAUGUAUUGAGAUGUUGCUUCAAUAUAUCCACAUAAUUUUCCUUCCUCAUGAUGCCAUCUAUUUUGUGAAGUGCACCAGUCUCUCCUGCAGCAAAGCACCCCCACAGCAUGAUGCUGUCACCCCCAGUGCUUCACGGUUGGGAUGGUGUUCUUGCAACCGACCCCCUUUUCCCUCCAAACAUAACGAUGGUCAUUAUGGCCAAACAGUUCUAUUUUUGUUUCAUCAGACCAGACGACAUUUCUCCAAAAAGUACAAUCUUUGUCCCCAUGUGCAGUUGCAAACCGUAGUCUGGCUUUUUUAUGGCGGUUUUGGAGCAGUGGUUUCUUCCUUGCUGAGUGGCCUUUCAGGUUAUGUCGAUAUAGGACUCAUUUUACUGUGGAUAUAGAUACUUUUGUACCUGUUUCCUCCAGCAUCUUCACAGGGUCCUUUGCUGUUGUUCUGGGAUUCAUUUGCACUUUUUCGCACCAAAGUACGUUCAUUUCUAGGAGACAGAAUGCAUCUCCUUCCUGAGCGGUAUGAUGGCUGCGUGGUCCCAUGGUGUUUACACUUGCGUACUAUUGUUUGUACAGAUGAACGUGGUACCUUCAGGCGUUUGGAAAUUGCUCCCAAGGAUGAACCAGACUUGUGGAGGUCUACAAUUUUUUUUCUGAGGUCUUGGCUGAUUUCUUUUGAUUUUCCUAUGAUGUCAAGCAAAGAGGCACUGAGUUUGAAGGUAGGCAUUGAAAUACAUCCACAGGUACACCUCCAAUUGACUCAAAUGAUGUCAAUUAGCCUAUCAGAAGCUUCUAAAGCCAUGACAUCAUCAACUUAGUGUAUGUAAACUUCUUACCCACUGGAAUUGUGAUACAGUGAAUUAUAAGUGAAAUAAUCCUAACCGACUUGCCAAAAGAUGUCCUAACCGACUUGCCAAAACUAUAGUUUGUUAACAAGAAAUUUGUGUAGUGGUUCAAAAUUAGUUUUAAUGACUCCAACCUAAGUGUAUGUUAACUUCUGACUUCAGCUGUAUAUGCAUGUUUUCAUUGAUUAAUCAGAGCCCUACUAUAUUUGUGCGCUCGUGAACGAGCGUUACAAUACCGCCUGGAAAAUGCACUUUUAUGGUAACAAAAACACCCUCAUUUGCUGUAUGAUUUAGAGAUGUUGGAACUGGGUCAUGAUAGUUUCUAAAAUAAAGUGCAAUUUGAUCAGAUUUUGACCUUUAUCUCCUGAAUGUUUUGGCAUUGCGGUCCAAAAAGUCAUUUUCUGACCUCUUCUUCCAUGGGCAAACGUAUAAAAAGUUUUGAUUAAAUCAAAAGGGAUGCAGUCAAAAAAGAAUUGAAUUAAAAUGGAUUUACCCCUGAACAAUGUUUUGUAUGCAUUAUUACAGUGGUCACCAACCUUUUCUGAGCAGAGAUCACGUUGAGUCAAAAUGCAGGCCGAGAUCUACCGCUCAUUCUUUUUUUGUAACAUUCUUAAAAAACGUAAGCCUAUGCAACAUUAACCUAUUAAAAACUAUUCUGUAGCAAUGAGGUAUGUGCAGUAGGCUAUAAGCACAAUACAUUAUCACUGCAUAUUGGCUAUGCUUGAAUUGCCCUGCCAAUGGCAUUGCAAUGUUCUUCUCAGACAAUUUUAGGUAUAUGAUCACACUGGUAAUGGAUAAUGUGUUGUAUUUACUUUUAUUUUACUGGACUGAUGGUGCCUGCAUCUUGAUUGUCAGUCUCAGCGUCGGGAGAGACCAAAAAGGAGACUCUUCCAGCUGAUGGCAGAACUCGGAGUCACACUUAAUUAUUUCUGCCUCAUGCACCAAUUCAUGUUGUUACUCGGAUGACCAGAGAACGUGAAAUAUUCCUUGAUUAUAGUAAAAAGGACAAGCCGCUAAUAAAAACGCAAGCCUAUCGAUAACACUUUGUAGCACGAGUGGAUAGGGAGAAGCGUGUUUUAUGGCUUAUUAAAGUGUUGAAUAAAAAGGUGAACAUGAACUCACUCACUCAUAAAAACAGCAUCUAUUUGCUGUAUUCGCAGACAGUCUCUAGUCAUGGUUUUAAACGUUUUGAAAUCUCACAGUAUCAACUUCGCUGUGGGCUCGUGGAAGCUACACAGUGAUCUGAGAUAUCUGAUUGGCCCGCUGGGUAGGCGGAGUUUGUACCUUCAGACACAUGAAAUGGUUCAAAAAGGGGGGUGAGCAACUUGGCAUUUGUAACAAAGCGCAGGGAUGCAUGAUAAACUGAGUCCAGCCUCUGUAACACAAAAGGGGCUGCAUGCAUGUACAAGAAGUCACCAUAGUCAAUAACCGAAAGAAAAGUGGCUUGAACAAGCUUCUUUCUAGCCUCAAAAGGAAAGCAAGCCUUGUUACGAAAAUAAAACCCACAUUUUAAGUUUAAGCUUCUUCACAAGAUUAUCCAUAUGAACUUUUUAGGUUGACUUAUCGUCCAACCAUAUACUGUUUCUAGGUAUAUGUAGGAUGACACCUUUUCAAUGGAUGUUCUGGUACGCUGAGUUUUCGUCACUGAUCUUUUGGACAAAUCACAAUUUCGCAGACGCUCGCAUUUUUUGAAUUUCGGAAGGAGUGGGGACAUUUGGCCCAUAAACUUGUCUGAAACUGGCUGAGAGUUUCCGUUUAGGGGGCUGGACAAUAGGUUUGGGCGGUAUUCUGAUUUCCAUACUGUAUUACCGGCAGUGCACACAAGGGGUGCUAUUUCUUUCCAAAUGUAUAGUUUUAUUAUGCUAACAAAAGUACUAGCAAAUUCCUAUAGCGGACGCAAGCUAAAUGCUAAGAAGCGCAAGCGAACAUAAACUAAAUGCAAGGACAGAGAACCCAGCUCAUAAAGUUAUAUACCGGUAACUAUCUCAAAAGGAUACUCACACUUGAACCAGGAUGGGAUUGUCUCUGCUUUAACCAAGAAGCUUGAUCUUGCAAGCUAGCCAACUAUAGCUAACAAGUUAGCUAACCAAAUGCAUAGCUGGGGCCCUGAGCUGAAGAAAAUGUAUUUGAAUGUAUAGAUAGUUAACUUAUAGUUAGUUAUAAGCUAUUUAGCUGGCAAACAUUAGUAGUGGAUUAGUAGAGAAUUUGAUCACCUCUUGUGCUGCUCAACAGUGGAUCGUCACGUGCUCUUUGUAAAUAAACAAACCAUGUGACUGGCUCAAUUGAAUUUGUGAAUAUAAUACUUUUUUGUAUAAAACAUUUUUGGGACAGUAUUGCAAAUCAUACCGUCCGUAUUUCAAAAUACCCAGUUGUGUGGUAUAUAUCGCCCAAGCUUAGUGGAGGCUUCGCUAGUUUUGUUAAAAUCUUUUCUAACGUGUCCCCCAAUAAUUUCAUAAAGAAUCUGAUGCAAUUACGCAAGAUUUGAGUUCUGGGUGUCCAAGAUUACAGAAACAUUUUGAAAUGGAGUGAAACAGCCCAGCUGAACACCUCUUCCUUUUCUUGUUCCCAGAGCGGAGACUUGGCCAACUCGUUCCGGCUGAUCAGUGUAGUCAGUCACAUUGGGAGCAGCUCCUCCUCUGGUAAGCACUGCCCUGCCUAUAGACCACAGUCUGCUAAGAUAUAUGGCUAUGUUACGAGACACCGUUAUUUGUGGUUACCAGAAAUGAGUGCAAUAUAUUAAUGUUAUGAUUCUGUUUUGGUAACGACUGAUAUCUGUGCAUCUCAUAACUACUGUGUAGCAGGAGCCACAGAUUAUCAAUCAUCUGUAAACAAAUGUAAAGCAUAAAAGUAAAAUGUGUCAGCUGAGGCAGCAUACGAGGACGAUACCAUGAGAACCCAAGACACUGGAUACUUGUAGUCUAAUAUUAACCUAUAAUUCUAUCUCCGGACCCUCAGGCCAUUACAUCAGCGACGUGUACGACAUGAAGAAGCAGUCGUGGCUGACCUACAACGACCUGGACGUGUCGCGCACGCAGGAGGCCACGGUGCAGAGAGACCGCGACCGCAGCGGAUACAUCUUCUUCUACAUGCACAAGUUAGUCUCCUUCUCCCAGCUUCAGUUGUGUGCUGGGUUGUGUUCCUUUGGUGCAACAAUGUGAAAUGUGUCCAAUAAGAAAGCAGAUUUUCAAUUUCAGUUGCAAAAUGUUUUUGUACAGUGUCCCCUACUGAACACAACCCUGUUCUCUUAUGAUAAGUGAUAAACCACCAGCCUCCCACCAUAUGCCCUAUACCAGUCUGUCUGAGUGACUGAGUAUAAUCCAGUGGAGGCUGAGAGAGACCCAGCUCUAGUAAGCAGGGCUGUCCAUACCGAUUGGCAACUCUGAGCAGAAGCUGGAAUAAAAUCCCCCCUCUUUCAUGCUAUUAGAAAAGCUUAUUUGUUCAAAUUUCUUUCUGUUUUGUCAGGAAAAAAAAGUGGGAAAGUGAAACAUUCUGGUAACUGGAAGUUUGCUGGGGGGUUUUAAGAUCAGGACAUUAAUAAAACUAAAGUUGUACAUUCAGUUAUUGUGUGCGAUAUUGUGGGGAACUUAGUGUAAUGUGUGUAUCCUAUCAUACACUGGAACCCACUGUAAGGGGUGUGGAUUUGUUUCAGUGAGCCAUGCCUUGACUGACUACUGUGUAUGUUCCCUCCUCUCCUCAGGGAUGUGUUUGAGGAGCUGUCUGAGCUAGAGAGGACAGGGGCCAGUGGAGGAGCCUCUGAGGCAGGGAGGACUGUCCUGCAGCCCCUCUGAGCCACCAGGCUGUCAUCAGUCACACACACACCAAACAACACACACUCCGACAGCACUAAGCUCUCCCCAACAGAUGGGUCGGGUUUGGGAUGAAAGAGAACCCUUCUCCAGUACUACUGAUUGCCGUCCACAUUUUGCCAUCUUCAUGCACUUUGUCCCUUUUUAAAACAACAACAGGCCAUGGUAGCUUCUGUCACAAAGGCAGGCUCAGACGUCAGCACACAGACAGCCAACGUCCUUCUCUCCUGGUCCGUUCAGAAAUGAGACACACAGCGCACUCAAAAGAAAAGAAAGAGUUGACCGUUCUUUGUUUAUUCAACCCUGAGCGAUAUUAGCCCUGAACUUUCAAGGCUUCUAUAUUAAAUGUUCUAUGAUUUGUUGAAUAACUUGAUGUAAAAUAGUUUUUCUUGGCACAUGAUAUUAACUGUCAUGCAUUUAAGAACUUAAAUAGCAAGUGUCAGAUGCUAGAUGCAGAUGCUCCUUGGACUGUAUGGUUUUUACUUUUAAUUUCCAAUAUAAUUUAAAAAAUGUAUUCUUCUAAAAUAUAAUUUAGGGUAAGGAGGGUGUACCUUUUUGUUCUAUACAUUGCAUUCGGAAGGUAUUCAGACCCCUUAAAUAGUUUUUUCCCCUCAUCAAUCUACACACAAUACCCCAUAAUGACAAAGCAAAAACAGGUUUUUAGAAAUUUUUGCAAAAGUAUAAAAAAAAAUGACAAAUCACAUAUACAUAAGUAUUCAGACUCUACUCAGUAUUUUUUUGAAGCAUCUUUGGCAGCGAUUACAGCCUCGAGUCUUCUUGGGUAUGACGCUACAAGCUUGGCACACCUGUAUUUAGGGAGUUUCUCCCAUUCUUCUCUGCAUAUCCUCUCAAGCUCUGUCAGGUUUGAUGGGGAGCGUCGCUGCAUAGCUAUUUUCAAGUCUCUCCAGAGAUGUUCGAUCUGGUUCAAGUCCGGGAGUGGCUGGGCCACUCAAGAACAUUCAGAGACUUGUCCCGAAGCCACUCCUACGUUUUCUUGCCUGUGUGCUUAGAGUUGUUGUCCUGUUGGAAGGUGAACCUUCGCCCCAGUCUGAGCUCCUGAGCGCUUUGGAGCAGGUUUUCAUCAAGGAUCUCUGUAUUUUGCUCCGUUCAUCUUUCUCUCUAUCCUGACUAGUCUCCCAGUCCCUGCUGCUGAAAAACAUCCCCACAGCAUGAUGCUGCCACCACCAUGCUUCACUGUAGGGAUGGUGCCAGGUUUCCUCCAGACGUGACUCUUGGCAUUUAGGCCAAAGAGUUCAAUCUUGGUUUCAUCAGAACAGAGAAUCUUGUUUCUCACGGUCUGAGAGUCCUUUAGGUGCCUUUUGGCAAACUCCAAGUGGGCAGUCAUGUGCCUUUUACUGAGGAGUGGCUUCCAUCCGGCCACUCUACCAUAAAGACCUGAUUGGUGGAGUGCUGCAGAGAUGGUUGUCCUUCUGGAAGAUUCUCCCAUCUCCACAGAGGAACUCUGGAGCUCUGUCAGAGUGACCAUCGGGUCCUUGGUCACCUCCCUGAGCAAGGCCCUUCUCCCCUGAUUGCUCAGUUUGGCCGGGUGGCCAGCUCUAGGAAGGGUCUUAAUGGUUCCAAACUUCUUCUAUUUAAGAAUGAUGAAGGCCACUGUGUUCUUGGACCUUCAAUGAUGCAGAAAUGUUUUAGUACCAUUCCCCAGAUCUGUGCCUCGACACAAUCCUGUCUCGGAGCUCUACGGACAAUUCCUUCGACCUCAUGGCUUGGUUUUUGCUCUGACAUGCACUGUCAACUGUGGGACCUUAUAUAGACAGGUGUGUGCCUUUUCUAAAUCUUGUCCAAUCAAUUGAAUUUACCACAGGUGGACUCCAAUGACGUUGUAGAAACAUCUCAAGGAUGAUCAAUGGAAACAGGAUACACCUGAGCUCAAUUUUGAGUCUCAUAGCAAAGGGUCUGAAUGCUUAUGUAAAUAAGGUAUUCAUGUUUUUUAUUUGUAUUUAAUUAGCAAAAAAAUCGAGACCUGUUUUCUCUUUGCCGUUAUGGGGUGUGUUUUUUUUUAAGUUUGUUUUAUCCAUUUUAGAAUAAGACUGUAAUGUAACAAAAUGUUGAAAAAGGAAGUGUUCUGAAUACUUUCCGAAUGCACUGUGCAGCAAAACGUGGUGCAGUAUUUAUUUGGUGGCAUGGAUUUGCCAAUUCUGCUUAUUUGUUUAAAGUCUGUUCAUUAGAGUUGGGUGGUAGAGGAUGUUUCCAAUUUCUUUCAAUGAUUUACUUAUGGACUGUUUGUUGUUUUAGUCAUGUUUUAUAAAUCUCAACAAGCUAAACACAGUCGCUUGUCUUUUAUAAGCUUACGAUCCUAUGGGUUCCCUAGUGCAGGGGUUUUCAAACUGGGGUCUGCACAUUUAGCAUAUUUUUUGGAGGAACAAUAUUUUAUGAAUUUCGCUAGCUGCAACAGAAUACCAUCCUGGAUACCAUUUGUAUGCCUCUGCGUCUAGUAUGAAGGAAGUUCGAGGUAGUUUCAUGAGCCAAUGCUAUCUAGUGUUAGCGAAAUGACGAAGUCUACAGGAACAGUUAGCAUUCUAGCUGUUGCUCUUCAUCCUACUCUGGGAAAGUAAAUUAGAUAAAUGGCUUCAUUGCCAAAAUCUCGAACUAUCCCUGGAGGAAAUUAUCAUUGGAGCUAAUUACAGGGUUUUUUCUGUAUAGAACAAUUCUUAGGCGGGCCAUCUAAGUGGUAAUUUCGGGAUGGGAAGCGGACAAAACCGGAUAGAAGGCAUGCAGAAAAGAUAUUGAACUAUAUAUUUUUUUUAUAAUCCCAUCUUUUGAGAACUAACAAUCAAAUAAAAGAUAGUCAGAGAAUCUAACAUUUUUUAUUUAAAGAAAACAGGCAUUCAGGGCACAUUCCCAUUGAUUUUGUUAUGUUUGAGCAAAGGGAACACAACAUUAGCCAUGGCAAAAUGCAUAGAAUUGCAGGAAAUUAGCUUUUAAAACUGCAAAAUUGUCUCUCGGCUCCAUGCCAAACUAGAAUAGCUGGAAAUUGGCAUAAAAACUGCAAAACUUUAUCAGCUCAAUGGAAAAAUGUGUGGAAUUGCUGAAAAUGUGCUUUACAACAGCAACAUUUUCUCUACGCCGCCAAGAUACAGUACCUUUCUAGCUAAUAGACUAGAGCUUACACUUCCUCUUCCAAUGAACUGUAUGGAGGUCCAAAUAAUGUAACUGUCUACCAAAUCUAUUCAUUUUAAAAUGUUGAUUACUUCUACUUGCCAUUAUCAUUCACCUGUUAAGAUGUUACUUUUUUUGGCUAACAUAUGAUUGGGUGGUCCCUGGGUCGCCGGUCCCUGACCAAGAAAAGUUUGAAAACCCCGGCCCUAAUGCCUCCCAGUAAAGAACUGGUAGUUUAUAUUUAUUUUUCUAAAGAGCUUUACUUUGAAAGAUGCACAACUACUUUGUCUAGAAUGUGUUCUUCAAACCUCUGAAAAACAAUGCAGAAACCUGUAUUACAUGUGUAAGCUAUCCUGAAUAUGCUUUGCUUUUAAGAAGGCAUAACUAUUUAUACUGAACAAAAAUAAACGCAACAUUUAACAAUUUGACUGAGUUACAGUUCAUAUAAGGAAAUCGGUCAAUUGAAAUUUAUUCAUUAGGCCCUUAUCAUGGAUUUCACAUGACUGGGCAGGAGCGCAGCCAUGGGUGGUUCUGGGAGUGCAUAGGCCCACCCACUGGAGAGCCAGGCCCAGCCAAUCAGAAUUAGUUUUUCCCCACAAAGUGGCUUUAUUACAGACAGAAAUACUCCUCAGUUUCAUCAGCUGUCCGGGUGGCUGGUCUCAGACGAAGCCGGAUGUGGAGGUCCUAGGCUGGUGUGGUUACACGUGGUCUGCGGUUGUGAGGCUGGUUGGACAUACUGCCAAACUCUUUAAAACGACGGAGGUGGCUUAUGGUAGAGAAAUGAACAUUCAAUUCUCUGGCAACAGCUCUGGUUGAUAUUCCUGCAGUCAGCAUGCCAAUUGCACGCUCCCUCAAAACUUGAGACAUCUUGGCAUGACAAAACUGCACAGCACAAGGUGCACCUGUGUCGUGAUCAUGCUGUUUAAUCAGCUUCUUGAUAUGACACACCUGUCAGGUGGCUGGAUUAUCUUGGCAAUGGAGAAAUUUUCACUAACAGGGAUGUUAACAAAUUUGUGCACAACAUUUGAGAGAAGCCUUUUGUGCAUAUGGACAAAUUCUGGGAUCUUUUAUUUCAGCUCAGGAAACGUUGGACCAAUACUUUACAUGUUGCGUUUAUAUUUUUGUUCAGUAUAUUUUAACAAAGGUCUCAGUUUAAAAUUGCCAGCUCGGAUGUCUCAUCACACCUUUUAUUUUUUUCUCUCCAUCUGACAAGGCCAGUAUUCACAUCUUUUAGACAUGCUUUUGCUAAGAUUAGGGUUUGUCUAGCUAUUUUCUGGUCUCCUGCUUGCAUAAAUGAGGAGAAUAAACGGGUGUCAUGUUGACGUGAGUGUCUGAUGUGGAGUAGCAGAGCUUUUUAGUUGUUCAGGCUCCAGUAUUUGACUCUUCCUACAGUGCAUUUUAAUAAAAAUGUAUGUGAAAACAAUUGUUUUGGAUGUUUUAAUUGCCAUCAAUGUUAAGUUGUAAGUAGUGUCCACAGUCAGUAGUGCAGUUUGAUUGUGAAAAUAGAGUAGUCUGUCUAGUUCCAUAGGUAAUAGGCCAUCAACAAUCACAAAAGGGCUGCCAUGGUCCGUGGCUAUCACUUUUGGAAAUGGACAGUUCAUUAAUGGUCAAGGAGUCGUCUGUGCAAGUUUCAAAAUCCAUUCAAUGCAAAGUCCUUCCAUUGCAGGUGGUUCUUCUUGGUGGGCACCUGUCUUGGCUUCAUUUCUUGGUCAGAGGCACCAGGUGUCUGCCGGUGAAUCUGAAUAACUCAUUCAUAAUGUCGCUUUCCUCCUGCAACAUCUGGGAGCACAGAUAGACAACUGUUACAAGGGAAAUCAUUGAAAAAUGUUCAUAUCCCACUGGGCACACACUGGUUGA